GCAUGCCCAUCCAGCAGGGUCUGCCUUUUAUGGAUGGGCAGGACGCGUUUGGAGGCCCGGCAAAAUACCAGCAGGGCUUGCAGAAUGGUCGGAGCAUGUCUGGCAUGCUGCCGCACCAGCAUCAACCCCAUGUGAGCCAAUCAACCCGGCAGGGAUUUGAGAUGUCUGACAUCGACAGCAACCUGCUUUACUGCCAUCAGAUGCCCUCUUCGGCGCCCCUGCAGCAGCAGCAGCCGAUGCAGCAUCUGCCGCCCGGCAGCCCCCAGAACGGCUGCCUUGGGCAGCCCAGUCUGCCCAAUGUCAAAAGCGAGGGCAAUAUGGAUGACCUGCUGAAUAUGUUUUUGCGGGAGUGAACAAGUCUGUACACAAGACUCUGUGUGGCGUGAGCGGCGUGCAUCAACAAUGAACACAUCAGCAGCCGCCUGGAAUUGAUGGUCCGCGCCGCCUGACGUGCCCAGCCCUGGUGAAGCCGGCAAUGACCUGCUAAAGGACAGGGCCCCUUUGUAAGAAGUGAGAGAAGAACACGCUGACAUGGUUGUCCUGAGGGGACGUGUGGCAAGGAAAGAGUAUUUGGUGUAUUGUGCUGUCUCAUUACUACCUCUACUGGGCCGUGAGAAACAUCUGCAUUUGGUCAGACACGAGCACAAGCACAUCAGAGGAUUGCUUUGCGAUUCUUUUCAUUCGGGAGUUUUGGCACGAGGAGCCUAACACUACAUAAUCCCAGGGCCCAAAUUGGUGAGCC